AUGCUAGGCGCCCUGCUCCUGCUGCUAGCCCUGCUCCAGGGGACCUCCACCCUGCCCAGUGAGCCGCCGGGGACCCCACCACCACCACUGGGGCUCCCCUCGCCUCCAUCUUUUGCUGUCAUUGUCCUCAGCCUGGCCUCUUCCCCUCGGCAUCUGGGUCUGAGGAUCCUGGACAAGUGCGCCAGGCUAAGCACGGCAAAUCUGCCAUCACAACCAAACGAUUGGGUCACUUGCCCUCCCUCCUCUGUGCCACCCUCUCCCCCGCAAGCACCCCUGUUCCCGGCGGCGCCUGGGCCCUGGCUGCGCCAGCCCCUCUUCAGCCUGGAGCUGUCAGAAGCAGAGGACGCCUUCCCGCGUCGCGGGGGGCCGCUCGAGGUGCCGGCUGACAGCCGCGUGUUCGUGCAGGCGGCCCUGGCCCGUCCCUCCCGGCGUUGGGGCCUGGCCCUGCAUCGCUGCUCCGUGACGCCGUCCUCACGCCCGGCCCCGGGCCCCGCCCUGGCGCUGCUGCGCGGGGGCUGUCCCGUCGACGCCUCGGUCGUCUUCCCGCCGCCGCCGCUUCUCGGUGCCGCCCACCCCGUGCGCUUCAGCUUCCGCCUGCGCCCGGUCUUCAACGCCUCUGUGCAGUUCCUGCACUGCCAGCUGAGCCGCUGCCGCCGCCUCCGGGGAGUCCGCCGUCCUGCGCCUCUGACGCCGCCGCCGCCGCCGCCGCCGCCGCCAUCUCCAUGUCUCCCUCAGGAUGAAGCGUGCGUGGGCGUCGGCAGUGGCAGCGGCGAGAGCCCGGUCGCUGACAGCCCCCACCUGCACACGCUGACGCAGCCCAUCGUGGUCACCGUGCCGCGGCCGCCCCCACGGCCUCCCAAGGGCGCCCCGAGCAGGACCGUGAGCUUCAAGCCUGCUGCACCGGCCCCCGCCGCCCUGGAACCCGCGCCGGUGGUGGCUCUGGUGUUGGCAGCCUUCGUGCUGGGCGCAGCGCUGGCCACCGGGCUUGGCCUCGUCUGCGCUCAUUCAGCGUCCCAACCGCCCGUCCCGCCCCUGAGGGCCUCGCCCAGCAGCACCCAGCCCAGGAGGACCCAGUGAGGCAGGACCGAAUCUGCUGCCCUCAGCCUCGGGCCUGAUGAGACCACAAUCCCUGCACUGCUUGCCCUCCUUUCUUCCCACC